AGCAUGAGCCUCAUUUCUCAUGGCAGUCAACGAGUUGGAUGCGGAUUUAUUCCUAUUUUGUGUGCACUGAUGUGCGCAGAAGGGACAUUUAUCAGUUCAAGCUGAUGGAAGUAGGCUACGACCAGUUGUUAUGGAAUACAAUGAUAAUAUAACCUGCCAUGACAGAGUCACUGUCUCGUCCGGGAAUCCCUAUAUAUCCGCGGCAAUCUUCACUGCGGAGGUACUAGGCAUUUUAAUCGCCUUGGUCCUUUUGGAGAUGCGGCGCCGGCGGCAAAGUCCAUCCUUGUUCCAGGUGCUGGUGACUGCGCUGGUGAUUACAGAUCUACUAGGUUCCUUCUCCAUCAGUCCUCUUGCACUAGCCUCUUAUACACAAAACAGGACCUUGGUAGAUAUGAGUAAAAACAGAGCAGUAUGCGCCUACUUUGGGUUCAGCUUGACUUUUUUCAGCCUCGCCACGUUGGCCAUUCUGUGCGCCAUGGCUUUGGAGCGCUACCUCUCAUUUGGACAGCCGUUCUUUUACGAGCGGCACUUGACAAAGCGCUGCGGCUACAUCACCAUUCCACUCAUCUAUCUGGUCUGCAUCUUCUUCUGCCUAGCACCUUUUAUGGGCUUUGGAGAGUACGUCCAAUAUUGCCCGGGGAAUUGGUGCUUCUUUGAUAUGAACCCAAACGAGACCAAACACAAAGUAUACGUCGGUGUGUAUGCGUCAUUGGCUCUUAUCAUGAUUUCGACGACAGUAAUUAGUAACUUAUCUGUCGUCUACCAUUUGAUUAUAAUGUAUCGGAGGUACAAAUCGCACCGUGGGGGAGUUACGCGACGGAUACGGUUCUACCAAAAAUCCUUCGCUAUGACUGAGGAAGUGGAGCAUCUUCUGCUACUGGUGUUCAUAACAGUGGCUUUCGUCAUCUGUUCGUUUCCUUUAGUGCUCCGUGUGUAUGUCAACUUUACAGGCAGGUCAAAGAAGAGCCAUGCCACCGAUCUCGCUGCGCUUCGCCUGCUGUCCUUCAACUCCAUCAUCAACCCUUGGGUGUUCAUCAUCCUCAGGCCAUCAGUGCUGCGCUUCCUCUGGAGAAAGCUGACACUGAGUAAGGCCCAGAAGCCUCCAGAGGCCCCCACAUUCCCCCAGGAAAAGUCUCUCCCAGUUGGGCCCAAACUCCCUCUGCCAAGCCCACUUAUCGAGCUUCAGAACGACGAAAUGGAGGGAGUGGAGAAGACAUAGGGCUCGUUGGAGCGGAUCACUUUCGUCAAGUCGUUGACCAUCACUGGUCACCGUCUUUCAAAGUGUGUUGCAUUAUGGUUAUAAAAAUGGUCCAACUUGCUGACAGCAUGAACUUUACAAAAAUCAUGUGAUCAAAUGUCAUGCAGUUCUUGAUGAAGUCGUCUUCAAGUCGCUUCAGUUGCUUCUCAUCAACUGCACCAUGCAGCCAUUACCUGCAUUGUGCGAGGCACUAUUGGUCAACCAAUCAUUCUUAAAAAAAAAUUGUGUGGUCAAAUACAUGACUGAAACAGGAAUCAACUUUGCACGAUUCUAAAGUUACAGGUGAUACAAAUGAAAAGUGAUAUUUGAGAUCUCUCAAGAACCAAUGAAUAAGUACGGUGGUACAGAAAAGUGUAUUUUAAUAUUUAUACAGACAAACUUUUAUAAACAAUAGCAGCUACAUGUAUGUUGACACUGCCAUGUUGAUCUGAGCUUUGCUGUUGAAAACUACAGUGUCCGACUUUUGGCUGUCGCAGAUACACCUCCCCCGACUUCACUCCUCGACUUUGGUCUACAGUGGGUUCCUUUCGCCCCCUACCACUCAAACAAGCCCAUAGUGUCAGGCAUAUGGGACUAGGGGGCCGAUGACCCACUCUAGAAGGAUUAAGGUAAUAACCCUCUGACAUCAGCAGGAGCCCAAGAGGAUACAGGAAGUGAUUUGUCAGACAUCCACUGACUGGUUGAAAGGACACCCGGACACUGAAUUGCAGUGUCUUCAGUAACAUAGGGGACAUUCACUUACUGACCUCCAAGACAGGAGAUUGGAAUAGAUCGAAGAAGAGAUCAGACUUUGAGGUCAAAUCAAAUUGAAUCAAAUUUUAUUGGUCACAUACACGUGUUUAGCAGAUGUUAUUGCGGGUGUAGCGAAAUGCUGGCUGUGGCGCUGAUAGGUUAUACCCACACAAUAUGCAUUUGGAAUAGGACUUAGCAUUAUGAGAAUUCAUUAUGUGUCUAUUUAUAUCAUUGAUUUAUUAAAAAAGCUUUAUUAACAGCACUUUAUAGGACUGAAAUUAAAAUUUGACCAAACUCCUUCUGGACGAAUGGGUCAA